CCACCCGGUGACAUCAUGUGUUUAGUACUGAGUCUCUCCAUAAAAGCAGCCCGCGGGGAGCCGGGAGCCCAAAGAACUGACGUGCUCGCCCUUGGCGCCCCGGCUGCACGCACGAGCUCCCGGUGCGCGCCCCGCCGGCCCCAGCGAGAGAGAAGCCCAGCUGCCGGCAGCCCGCGCCCGCGCCCGCCUCCUGUCCGGAGCAGCCGCCAGAAGAUGCCCCUCCGCAGCCUGCACGCGGCUGCCGUCCUCCUACUCGUGGUCUUAAAGGAACAGCCUUCUAACCCAACCCCACACAACGGAUCCAAGUGGACCUAUAUAGGUCCCCACGGGGAGAAGAGCUGGUCCAAGAGCUACCCAUCAUGUGGGGGCCUGAUGCAGUCCCCAAUAGACCUGCAGGAUGACAUCCUCCAGUACAACGCCAGCCUUGUGCCCCUUGGCUUCCAAGGCUACAGUGAGUCUGCCAACCAGCAAUUUGUCCUGACCAACAAUGGCCAUUCAGUGAAACUGAAACUGCCCAAGGACAUGCACAUCCAGGGCCUUGGGGCCCGCUACAAUGCCUCGCAGCUGCACCUGCACUGGGGGGACGAGAAUGAACCUCACGGCUCGGAGCACACUGUGGGCGGGAAGCACUUUGCUGCCGAGCUGCAUAUGGUCUUUUAUAACUCGGACCUGUACCCCAAUGCCAGCAUCGCCAGUGACAAGCCAGAAGGCCUCGCGGUCCUAGCUGUUCUCAUAGAGAUGGGCUCCUUCAAUCCAUCAUAUGACAAGAUCUUCAGUCACCUUAAAGAUGUAAAGUACAAAGGCCAAGAAGUGUCCAUUCCGGGUUUCAGCAUUGAGGAGCUGCUGCCGAAGAGGCCUGAGGAGUACUACCGCUACCGCGGGUCCCUGACCACACCUCCUUGCUACCCGACCGUGCUCUGGACGGUUUUCCGGAACCCUGUGGAAAUCUCCCAGCAGCAGCUGACGGAUUUGGAGACAGCCCUGUACUGCACACGGGUGGAGGACCCGUCCCCUAGAGAGAUGAUCAACAACUUCCGGCAGGUCCAGAAAUUUGAUGAGAGGCUGGUGUACGUCUCCUUCCGACGUGAAGGGCCAGACGCUACCUACACAGGACCGAGUCUGGGUAUCGUCCUUUUCGUGGCCCUGGCUGGCGUUCUGGGCAUCUGUAUUGUCCUGGCAGUAUCCAUUUGGCUUUUCAGAAGGAAGAAGAGCAGCAAAAAAGUUGCCAACAAAGGAGUCAUCUACAAACCGGCCAUCAAGCAGGACGCUGAGGCCCAUAUGUGAGGCCCUGGCACGCCCAGGCGUGUUCAAGGAAGGACCUGGCUUUGGACACAGCCUGUUGUGGCUCCCUGGACACUUGAAAUACCUGAGGGUUCUCUGGAGUUCCACCCACAAGCACCCCAGACCCUUGGGGGACCCCACCAUCCUGAUGCCAUGCCACCCCCAGUGGGAGCGUGGAUGGGGAGAGCUUGCGUAGGAGGUAGGAAGUCUGAGCUGUCUGCUUCGUGAGUGUGAGACCAUGAAGUGGUUCGGAUUCGGGGAGCACAAACCACGUCGCCCGCUGCGGGCUGUUGAUGGUUAGAAAACACUCUCAUCCAGGGCUUCACUUGAAUGUGGUUUCCAGUGUCCUGGGAAUUCUGCUUUUUGUCCAUGCUUUCAGACCAGAACACGGACUCUCUCUGCACUCAGACUUAGGCUCUGCUCUUGAGACCAUUUCCUUCCGCAGGGAAGGGCUUGUUGUCUGCUUUCCUUCUGCUAUGACAAAACCUUUAGUCUGACCUUACAGCUGGGGGGACGGGGGUAACAGGAAGGGUCAAGGUGUCCGAGACAAAACGAAAACAAGAGAUAUUCUUUGUAAUAUAGUAGAGGCAUUUUCCAAGUCCUGCCCUUUGUUUGUUUGUUUUUUUCUUUGUCUGUUUAACUUCUUUAUUGGAGUAUAAUUGCUUUACAAUUGAAUCAGACGCACUGAAUGGACCUCAGAGAGAGAGAAGACACGUAAGAUCUGGAAGAGUCUCACUUUGGAAUGAUAACUGAAAGCAGAAGUUGCCUGUCAAGCCCUAAGUGUGAGGACAGAAUAUUAAGCCCGACCCAAGCUCCUGUCAGGGGUGUCGUUAUGUUUCAUACUUUACGGGUUUUAUAAAUAAUUGGGCUAUUCCUUGAAAACGUGUUGUUGCCUUCUCUCUCCUCGAGGAGAUGUGAACUCUGAGAUGACCUAAGCUGCUUUUGUGUCUAAAGGAAACAGAAGCAAAAUGGUUGAAGGGGUUUGUCUCUCCUGCCCAAAUUUUAUCUCUACCACCUUUGCGGUCUGUGUCCCUACUGUCAGCCUGGAAUUGGGACCUAUCAACUUCUCUGACUUGGAAGAAGAUGUCGAGCCAUGGCUGAGUUAAAGGAUAUUUUCAAACUAUGAAAGCAGGAAGUUAUCUGUGCAGGGGCUGGCAUCAUGGUGUUCAGGGACCAGAAAUAAUGGAAUGUUACAGAGAUCCUUCAUGGUCUUCCCUCCAAGUGACAAAGACAGUUUUUGGGAUGACGUAACUCCUUUAUUCUCCACCCUCUGAUGUAAGAGCCCAGCAGAGACCAGUUAGUUCCAUGACUGAGAAGGAGGCCCCCACCACCAAUCUCUCCUGGCUGACACCUUGCAGUUCACAGAGAACCUUCGGAUUCCCACUCUCAUUUUGACAGCAUGAGAUGUCCUCCUGAAACAUAGGUUUCUUUAGAUUGCCUUUUUCCCUCUCCUCCUCCCUUGACUCUGAGAAGUCUUCUCUCUUCUCUACUGUCUUAACUUUUUGUAGUGAUGGCAAGCCCUAUGUCUUUGUAGCUUGUUUGCUAGGCGGAGUUACAGGUGAAGACUCGGGUGUGUGUGUGUGUGUGUGUGUGUGUGUGCGCGCGCAGGUGUGCAUGAGACCUCCGACCGCCCUGGAGCCAGGGGUGGCAUCCGGCCUUGCCAUUAGCACACCAGCCUGAUGCUGAUCAAAUGACAGCAGCGACAGCCCUCAGGACUGAGCAGUGGGAAUCAGACGAUGCUUUCUUGGCCUCAUCCCAAAGUUGCCAAUCAGAAACUCCAGAGCUGUGAGGCUGUCUUUCAAAGAGCUCUCUACAGCCUUUAGGGACAGAUUUUGUGAGAGCACAGAGAUAGCAUCGUACCUGGCACAAUGGCUGUUCAUAAAAAGGGAGUUAUGGGGGAGGUGAAAACAGUGACAGUUUUCCUGCCCCCUCCCUCCUCAGCACAGCCUGGGCUCUCGGCCCUCUUGGCUCAGACGAAACAAAGCCAGGGAGAGGGCUCCUAGGAUCAACACUGUCACCCUCCUCGCUACUCCGUGUGGGACUCCUGAGGACCCAGCCCUGCAGCUGCAAAAGCUUUCCUCAGGUUCUCACUCAUUCCCUGACACUGGCUGCCUCUACAGGAAAGCGCUGCUGAAGCUUCUCUGCUUCCCACUGACCCCCGGGAGGGCCCAGGUGCUGUGCUGGGCGCAUGGUAGGUGAAGGUAACAAAGACGAGGCCCCGGCUGGGGCAGGGACACAGGGAAGGCCCUGGCUUCUUUGCCUCUCACGGAGGUCUUCAGUCUCUUUGCUCUAUUUCGUUAGUGUCAAAUGGUAAAAACCUAUACUUAGUUCCUUAAUAAACAUUCUAGGACUUUGCUACAUUGACUAUUAAUCCCAUUUUAGGUUCCACCUUAAAUUCUUUUCCCCUUCACUCAACUCCCUAAAUUUUCAUUGAAAAUAUUUGAUCUAUAUUUAGAUUUCAUAAAAAUUUACCUUUGAAAAAGCAUAUUCACGUACCCAAGUUGCUCCAAACACAAAGUUUUCCAAAUAACUGAAUUAUCAGCUUUUAAAUGUAUUAAAAUAAAAUAAAAUAAAUGGAGUUUCUCAGC